CCCCCCUCGGGCCCUGUUCGCUUCCUUCCCCCGCGCCGCGCUCCGGGGAGGAAGAGGAGGAGGAGGAAGGGAGGUGGCGGGAAUGGAGCAGCCCCAAACCGGGAUGCGGUGACUGCCCGGGACCCCUCGGCCCGCCUGGUCCCCUCCGGGAUACGGUGAAGCUGACACCCUGAGCAUCUCUGCAAUGGCCUCAGGGAAGGAUGGGGACCCCCCAGGAGACCCCCCAGGGACCCGCAGACACCGGGGGAGCCGUGGGCACAGGAUGCCCCAAGAACUCAACACAGAGGACCAGGUGGCAGAGGAGACAGAGGAAGUGUUCCGGAGCUACGCCUUCCACCGCUACCAGCAGGAGAGAGUGGAGAGAGGGGAGGAGAUGCCCGUGGACCCAGAGAUCAUGGAGAUCCAGCAGGAGCUGGGCAGCACCGAGAGCCAGGUGGGGAAGCGUUUGGCCAUCAUUGGGGAUGACAUCUACAAGCGGUAUGACCCCGAGUUUUGCUGCAUGCUGACAUCCUUGCAGCUCACCAAGGAGAAUGCCUACGAGUGCUUCACCAAUAUAGCUUCCAGCUUGUUUGAGAAUGAGAUCAACUGGGGCAGGGUGAUUGCUCUGCUGGGCUUUGGCUACCGUAUGGCUAUCCAUGUCUACCAGCAGGGCAUCCCGGGCUUCCUGCGCCGCAUCGCCCGCUACGUGGCUGAGUUCAUGCUGCGGAACCGCAUCGCCCGCUGGAUCGCCCAGCAGGGAGGAUGGGAGGCUGCACUCCAUCUGGAUAAUAUUUAUGUGAAGUACAUGCUGGUGGUGGUGACCUUGAUCAUGGUGGGAAAUUUAGUGGUACGACACUUCUUCAGGUCCUGACUGAGGUGGGGGCAGAAGCUGGGGGGGGGAAGGGGCCAAGCUCACUCUGGAUUCUCUGCUCUGCGUUGACAUCUCCCAAGAAAAGGGGGAUUCAAGGAACCUCCAGGAGAGAGAGCAGCUUGGACCUGUGAGCCUCCUGCCACAGGGUCUCUGCCAUCUACACAGGUGCCACCAGAGAGAAGCAAUUGGGGUGGGGGGAAGGCUCAACUGGGGUGUCUGGCUGGGGACACCAGGGGACACUCCUGGCAUGCAGCAGUGGGGCAGAGCCAAGAGUCUGGAGGAACAAAUGCCUUGCUGUACUAAUGCCACUGUGUGUGUGAGUGGUCUUGGCCACUCCUUGGGGCUGGUGCAGAGCUCCCUAGGUGCUGCUGGCUCUCACCUAGACCAUGCCUGCAUCUGAGGAGGGGUUGCAGCCUUGGUUGCUGCCAUUGUCCAAGUCAAACCAGCAUUAGAAACCACUUGGGGUUUUGUUUUCACCUCCCCUCUGUUCCUGAGCCCAAGUCCAUGAGGUUUCUCUUUCCUUACAGCAAGCAUCCCUACCCCUUGAUACAGAAACACACUGACUGCCUGGGAGCUGACAGUCCCUGCUGUCCCCUGGUGUCCCCUGCCCCAGCCUGGAGAGCUGCAGCUCUUCCCAGGGCUGAUGCAGGUGCUGGGCUGCAACCUCUCAGCCCCCCAGGAGCUCCAAGGCUUUGUGCCAGCACCUGAGGGAAGCACCAGGAGGUUUCCAAACACUAAGGAGCUGUGGAGUGGCUCAGGAUGGGUGCAGACAGCCUGCCUGCCCUCCCACUGGUCCUGCAAUUCCAGAUGCUGCAAACCAGCAGCCCCAGGGAGAGCACUGGGGCUCCCUUGCUCCUGCUGGGAGGCACUGGAGUUGCAUCCCAGCCUUGAAGCAGCUCUUUAUUUUUUAGUUUUUUUUUCUGAGCUGAGCAAGGCAGCAGGGUGCAGAUGUGCCCUGCUUGAGCCCAGGGCUGCAGUGGUUAUAGCAGAGCCCAGUGCCCUUUCUUUGGGAAGUGACUUGACUGUGUUCUGUUCUUCACUCAUCCUCCAGAAGGAUUUUCUGGGGGGCAGAGAGAGGAGAAGCAGGCUCCAUUCUCCCAUCCCCAAUCUUCCUGACUUAUGCAAAACAGGGAGAGUGUCCCAGUGUGGGCUGCCUGGUUUAGCUCUGUCCUUUUUACCCCUGGUUUAGCUCUGUGUAAGGCUUGAAACUGACUGGCCCAGUCUGAGCCAAACUCCCCCUAUUCCUGCAUCACCCAUCUCCUGGGGCAGGUGGGGGGAAGGAGCCAGAGGGGAGACCUGUGAAGCACAAAAGGAGCAGUGGUUCUACCUCUGGGCUCCUCUCCUAAUGCAAAGCCCUCUGGGAGUAGCAAAUUCAUCACCCUAAAGCCUUCUGGGGUCUUUUGCUUGGCAUUGGUCCUGCACCCCAAGCUGAGCACCCCCAGCUCCCCCUCAUUCCUGGGACACAAGGAUCACCAGGGCAGAACCAGGCUGGCCUGAAGCCCUCCCUGGUGUCACCUUCUGCAGCCCAAGGAGGCUCAGAGAGACCUUGAGAGCAGCCCCUCUGGAAGAAAGGCAUUCCUAGAAACCCCUCCAGUAUUGCUUCCCCAUCUGCCUCAUCCCUGCCUUAAUAUUUACCAGCAGGUGGAUUUUUUUUUUUUCCUCCCCUCAGUUAUUAUUUUUCCCCUCCCCUUGCUGCACUUGCUGCUUGGAGCACAAAUCCUGCUGGAGCACAGGCAGGACAUCCCAUCCCAUCCCAUCCCAUCCCAUCCCAUCCCAUCCCAUCCCAUCCCUUCUCCUUGCUGCCAUCAUUUUAUAACACUUUUAUCCCUCCUGUUCCUGCCUCUUUUAACACAAGACACCAAACCUUCCAGCCUAAUCCUGUGUCAGGGUUUUUCUGGGCUUAUUUUGACCCUGCCUGGUUCUGUACUAUCCCUAUCCCUGGUGGGCUUUGCUUAAUGCAUUAAAAUAUUUAUUCUAAUA